AAGACGGCCGUGAGCUGCUGCUCGGACCACCCCCAGGCUUUUCUUCCUGCUCAUGCAGGAGACUAUUUAAUUGAGGGCUGAUUUGUCCAGCUUACUCACUGAUGCUCAGCAGUACCUACCUAACCAGUGGGAGUGAUUUUUUCCCUGCCUUCCUCCUCUUUUGGACAAGCUGCCCACAAUGAAGAUGCUGCUGCUGCUGGUUGCUCUGCUCUCCGCUGCCAGCGCAGCCCCUCCGACCUGCUACUCCAGGGUGCUGUCUCUGAGCAAGGAAAUCACUGAGUCCUUUAAGGAGCUGCAGACCUCCAAAACUGCGGACUUGUGCGUGGGGACGCUGCCCAGGCUGUACUUGGACAUACACAAUUACUGUGUGCUGGCAAAGCUCCGUGACUUUGUGGCCUACCCUGGGUGUGACAGAAUGGUUGAAGUGAGUGAGCUGAAGGAAAAAGCACGGAGCCUGUACACCAUCCUGAUCUCCUACUGCAGAAGGGACCUGGUGUUCCUCACUGAUGACUGUAAUGCUCUGGAAAUUCCUAUUUCACCUCCCAUUGAACACUCCAUCACUGAGAGUUAAAAGACACUUAACCCAAAAGUCAUACCUGGGAAAGUUUCAAGGAGACCAAAAGUCAAAAUAUGUAUACGCAGUCUAUAACAUUAACAACUAAGAUAUUUUUCAAGCACACUAGCAAUAUAAUCUCAGACCUACCCAUUUUUCUCUGCCUUGGCAGGAAAUGAAUUGCAUGCCUUGCAUACCUACUGAGCUGCUAGGGAGCCUACCAUUAGGAGCAGUUUUUCGUUUGGCAAGGUACAAUAUUUCAGCUCAGCCAAAUGUAUAAAGUAUGUUUUGUUUAAACAUCAGAAACUAGAUUUUUUUUAAUUUUUACUCUUUUAUGAAUAACUAGACUCAUAUAUAUUCUCUCUUGACUUAGCGGUUUUUCUUGUAUUAGAUGGGCAUGGAAGGGACCAUAUUUGUUUUUCUUAGAAUGUUUGAUAGAAGAAGAGUAAUAGUAAUGCUGUACUGACAGAUUUCUCUGCCUGUAUAGCUCAUAUAUAUAUAUAUAUAUAUCUUGACAGUUUUUGAUGUCAGAUUUGUGAGAAUAGAGGUGAAAGAAACAUGUCUCUGUGGAAAACUAAAUAAAAACAAUCUUCU